CACCAUAAUUAUCCCUCUGAGUGUGUGGUUUCGGUCGUUGUGUUGCAUUAGUUCACCCUCACUUGUGUUUCCCCCCCCCCCACAGUUUGUCGCUUCUGUGUCACCCGUGUCAACGCUAUCCUACACUGAGAUUAAAGUAGAUUAAUCAAGGAUUAGUUCACAAAAUAGAAGAAGGGAGGGAUGGAGUGAAUGGAUCCUGCUAUGGUGAGGUUUGCCAGCUAUGACGGAUGUCGAGGUGACCUACGAGGACUUCAUUGCCUCGCGGCGGUCAGGUCGCAGAAACGCCGUCCAUGAAAUCCAAGCAGCCGCUGGAGCACAGGGACCCAGUGACCUGUCACAGAGUCUGGCACAGCUCAACGUCAACCAGUCAGGUGAAAAAGGAGAAGAUGUGGAGCAAAGCCAGGGCUCUGCAGCCAAACAGGAAGACUCUCAAGGUGAGAGCAACUAAACGGCAACCAGCGCUGGAUGUUUUACGGACUCAACGCGGCCGCUAGGAAGCCGACAGCACCAUCUCUUUCAAUAACGACAAACACGCACAGCGAAAUCCUCUGCUGCCAACAUCCUCCUUUCCUCUGUGCCUUUCCUUUACGGUUUGUUGAUGUGGCACUGGAUGUGAUGUACAGUAUAUGACGUCAGCAACCAGAGCCAGUUUGUCUGUUUGUCUGUGUUUUUGCAGGGUGAAGAGGGAAGGGAACAGAGGUCAGUCAAGGAUUUUAGAUCAGGCUGGAAUGUUUCCUCUGAAUUAGUCUCCUGUCCCCUUUUAUUUAAUUUCAACAGGUACAGAACUACCUAUUAAUGCCAAUUUAUAAUCUCCUUAAAUUAUUUCUCAUGUUUAUUUAUUUUGGGUUGAGCAUAGAUUUCAUCCAUCUCAUUGGUGUUGGAGUGGAACUAAUUUCUAAUUGACGUCCUAGGGGAGGCAAUGUAUGUAUGUAUGUAUACUCGACUUUAUAUACUUUUUCUCUUACACACUGACCCACAACCUUUCUUGUGUCCCACAGAUGCAGCCAGUGUCUGAUUAUACAGAGUGCAGUAUAUUAAGAUUAUUUCUUAAUAUGAGUUCUCCUAACUUUUUUGCAGAUGUUUUGUUUUUGUUUUUUACCAAGGAAUAGGAAAAUCUUUGAAAGUGUCCAAUAAUAUAUAAAAUGCAACUGACAGACGAUUUACAACUGUGAUUCACAUUGUGAACAUUUUGUACGAGACAAAAAAAGCCACCUACAUGGUUGCUAGUAGUUUUGUAACAGCAUUUUUUUAAUGACAUGUAAUCUUGUGUAUUCAGUCAUAUUUAAUUAUCCCUCUCAGUGUCAACAUUUUAAAUACACUAUGGUUUGUUCAGCGUUAUCCAAAUAUGAUUUGUUGAUAGUGGGUGUUAAGAGAAAUCAUUUAUUUGCUGCUGGAGAUUAGAAGAGUUACAAGACUGACUGCACUGAUGGACACCGAGUGUGUUUUUAUAAUUAUUAUUAUUAUUAUUGUUGCUCUGUAUUUUGUGAAUAUACACAUCACAUACUGUGGAUUAUAGGGUCCGCCAGAUUAGUUAUUGUUGGGAUUGUACAGACUACCGGUGAUUUUCUCAAUUUCAAAGUCCCAUUUUGUAUUGAUUUACCUUUUUUAUAGAGAAUGGAACCAGCCCUCUUAAUACCACAAUAGUAGCUGUGGGAUAAACUGCCUUUGUGAUACUAAUUAAACAUGCACUCAAAUUAAUGUUGUAUAACACUGAUAUAUUUGUGUAAUUGUUACUUUUUUUAUUCCAUCCAUAUCUGAUCAGUUCAUUUUCUGUUUUUAGUAAGAUUUGAAAUGGUAUAGUUCUGUUUAUUUAUAUAGAAUUUCAUGUCAAAAAUCGGAGUUUGUGGGCAUUUUGUUUUUACAACGGAGCUACAAGGUCAAGGAUAACUUAAUAAGUGAGGUUUGUUUGGCGUGUAUCGUCAUUCAUGAGUCAUGUUUUCUGUGUUAAACUAUGUCAUGUCCCCACAUUUGACUUUGCCAGGUUUGACGUGCAGUUGUAAACACUGCUAGUGAAAAAUUAAACUCUUUCAAUGUG